UAAAGAAUGAUUUAUAGAACAUCACGAAAAGAACUACCCAAAACUACAAUUUUUACGCCUAUAAAAAAUGGGCUUCUGUUGGCAGGAUACGGCGUAAACACGUGGUAAAUAGCCGGUGAAAGACCUAUCGUUUAAUUGCGCUGUCGCUUAGAAUGAGAAAAUUAAAGCUGAAGGAAGAUGGAAUAUGUCGCAUAUUUUUCUCAUCGCCCUUCAAUGGUAUGGAGGAGGAAAGAGAAUUGGCAAAGAAAUUUUGGCCAAAAAUACAAGCAUUUUGUAAUUUUAAUGGAAUUCAAUUUCGAGCCGUAGAUAUGAGAUGGGGCAUAACUACUCAGAAUGUAGCAGAAGCGAAGGUUAUUGACAUUUGUUUGCAAGAAUGUUCCAGGUCGGAUAUAUUUAUAGGCUUUUACGGACAAAGAUAUGGGUGGCAUGGUGUCAAUGACCGGGACUUACAAGAAAAUUUCGAACGUUCUAAAAUUAGAUUUCCUUGGAUAAAUAGCUAUAGGGAUAGAAGUAUUACAGAACUAGAGUUCAUAGCAGGCCAUUUAAAUUGCCCUGGUGCUAUUCCAGCAUGCAUUUGCUUCCGAGAUAUAAGUUAUGAUAAUGAAAAAUACGAAAAAGCUAAAAACGAUGGAAAUAAUGAAAAGAUGAAAGCUUUCUCAGUCGAAUCAGCCAAUGUAAAAGUAAGACUGCAAGAUCUUAAAAAAAGAGUUACAGAAACUCGAGAUAAAACAAUAGGUAUUCAUAUGUCUUACAAAACUCCAUUAGAGGGCGUGGAAUUUAUGUCCUCUAGCAUUUUGAGAUAUCUCUCAGAAAAUGUUUGCAAGGAGCAUACUAAAUUGUCCCCAAGAGAGUUAUCCCUUUGUCACCAUGACAAUUACGCAACCGCAAAAUCUAAAUCCUUUUUUGGAAGAAAAGAUAUACUAAAACGAUUGUUCAAUACGAAAAAGAAUGUUGUUCUAACUGGUGAAGCGGGUUGCGGCAAGUCGGCUAUUAUAGCUACUUGGAGGAAAAUGUUAGAGAUUCCCUCAAUUUUAAAUACUAUAAUAAUUAGUCAUUUUGUUGAAUGCAAAGAUAAGAUGUCUGCUUAUCACAUUCUAGAAAGAGUUAAUUUAGAACUACUACUUGCCAUGCAAUCAAAGGGUUACGAUAUAGGGAAAGGUUUUAUUCGAAAUGGAUCCAAUCUUGAAGAUCAUAUGAGAGAAUUAUUAUCUAUGCUUGAUAAACUGAAAACUAGAGAUGAAAACUGCGUGAUUAUUAUUGAUGGUUUGAAUAGAAUCGCUAAAAAGGAACAGACUGCCAAAGUAAAGUUUUCUAAUUAGUUAUCGAUUUUUCUCAUUUUAAUACUGCCUUUUGUUACACUGUAGACGCUGGGGUGCAUUCCAAACUUUCAACUUAAAAAUCUACAAAUAAUUUUAGCAACAUUGUCUUCCGAUACUGAAAAUAUUGAAGAAUUAAAAAUGAGAGGCUAUGAAGAAAUAAAAGUACCUCCUCUUGAUGAAGUAUCUAAGCUAAAUAUGUGUUUAACUAUCCUAAGAGAUCAUUCAAAAGAAAUGACCAAGGACCAAGUUAAGAAAGUGUUAGAUAUCCGCCAAACAAACAACCUACUCAACUUAAAAUAUCUAUUCGAGAGAAUAUGUACAUCAGACGCUCAUAAGAAGCUUGAAUUUACAAUCGACGAUCUAUCAUCUAUUAAAAAUAUGAAUACAACUUCCGGAAAAAAGUGGAAAUUAGAAUAAGCAAAUUGAAUAAUAGUUUUUUGUUAAAAAAAGAAAUUUUCAAAUGCGAUUUGCUUUAGACACAUUUUUGCGGUAAUAUUUUGCUUGUUCAAUAAUUAAGUAAAUAGACCUUAUUAUUACUUUAUAAAUAGAAUAUAAGUAUAAAUUUAUAUACUACUACUACUACUAUAUAUAGUAUACACUGUAUAUAUAUAACUAUUUUCAGUUGUGUAUCAGUUAAUAUCUGUACAGUAAUAAUUUCGAGGCAGUUGUUAGUCUAUUUUCUCAAUAUUUGUAUAUUGAUAUUUUAAUAUAUCGUCUAAUGUAAAGUCUUGAUAAGCAUUUAUUAUAAAGUUGAUGCCAUAUUAUCGAUGAAACAGUAUCACUAAAAAAAAUAUUUAUAACUUGUACAUUUACAAAUUGACGCACUCUAUGCGAAAUUUUUCAUAAUGAAUACAUUUUUGAACAGGGACUGUACUUUGUUAGAAAAUAAAAGACUUUUUAAGUUUAAUUAUUUUUGUUGAAUAAAUAUUUUGACUACUAUUUGUUACUUUUGUUUUAUAUAAUUCAAAUAAA